AUUUCCGACAACGGUCACACACUGAUUAUUAUUUUUUCUUGUAGCCGACUUAUUGUUUUGAUUUUGGUUAAUUAAUUGCCAGCAAUCAGCUUAAAUUGUGUGUUAAAUAGAAGGGCAACUGGGCAGUCACAAUAUGGAGGCGGUGCCGCGUUUGCAUAUGCUGUGGUUCGCCCUGAAAUCGAGUCCCGAGGGAACCUCCUUUGCGGCUUUGAAGAAGUACAUUGCGGAAUUCUACCAUGAGGACCCAGAGGCCUUUUCCAAGGAGGUUCACGCCCUGGAGACCCUUCGCAACCAGGCCAUGCGCACCACCAAGGAUGGAGCUCCGGUGAUGAAGCGCUACUACUGCCAGCUACACGCCCUCCAGAAUCGAUUUCCCCAGCUGGCGGAUCGUGGGAUCUUCACCUUUACGUGGAAAGAUCUCUAUCACAGUGCUGUUCACGAGGUCAGCGAUUUGCGAUUCGAGCGGGCCGCCGUGCUGUUCAACAUUGCCGCAUCCCACACGCAAUCGGGAGCUUCUGUGACCCGUGGCGAUGUCGACGGCAUGAAGAUGGCCUGCACACACUUCCAGGCGGCCGCCUGGGCCUAUGGCGAGCUGAGGGAGCGCUAUGCCAAUGUCAAUAGUGGCGGGGAUUUCAUGACCCAGGAGCUGCUGGUGUUCCAGCAACAAGUGUGCUUUGCUCAGGCACAGGAAUGCAUUCUGGAGAAAUCACUGAUUGAUAACAGAAAGCCACACAUUGUGGCCAAGGUUACUGCUCAGAUUGUGGUCUACUAUGGAGCUGCACUCGCUGCUCUGCUGACCGGAGGAGAUGAGGGUCCAGUGGCCCAGGUCAUCGAUAGCUCUGUUUAUAAACUGUGGAAGAAAUACGUCCGUUUCAAGAUCAACUAUCUGACUUGUAUAUUGUACCUGUACCAAGGGCAACAUUCCGAGGAGAAGCGUCAGAUGGGCGAAAGGGUGACGCUCUACCAGGCCUCUUGGGACAAGCUAGAAGAGGCACGCAAAGAGUCCAAGGGUCUACCCGAUCAGCGAGAGAUUAAUGAAUCCCUGAGUUUCACCGCUGAUGUUGUGGAGGCCAAGCGCAAAAAUGCCAAAAACGAGAACGAGUUCAUUUACCAUGAGUCGGUGCCAGAACUAUCCACCAUUGCUGCGGUACAAGGUGCCAAUUUGGUGAAUGGAAUAGGCUUUCAAGUUACCGACGAGGAGCACUCGGGACCAGAUAUAUUUGCCCGAUUGGUGCCCAUGAAGGCCCACGAAGCCAGUUCUUUGUACAGCGAGGAGAAAGCCAAACUGCUGCGAAAGUAUGGAGCCCUGCUGGAGGAGAAGGACACCCAACUGGAGGCCUACAUGAGCUCCCUUACCUUGGAUAAUCUGAAUAUUAACGAGGAACAGGCUAAUAAGCUGCCUCAGGGCAUCGUCGAUCGCUGUGCUGCCUUGAAUGCCAACAAGACUGCUAUUAGCGAUCUUGUGGAGGCCAUGUCUCAGCUGGCUGAGAUUACAGCCGAUGUGGAGACAAAUCUGGGCGAGAUAUCGCAAAUGUUGGAGGCUGAAUCCAAAGCGGAGCGGGAGUUUCAAUCCGCCAGCGGUGUUCAACGAACUCCAAAUGCUCAUAUCACUGAGUUGACCCGAGAGUUCCAAAAGUACAGUGAGGCCCAUGCCCGCGCAGGGGAGUCUAAUAAUACCCUAAGAAAAGCCAUGAGCCUGCACGUAAAUAACCUAAAAAUCCUGGCCAGACCAUUGCCUGAGAUUCAACAACUGAUGCCCAAACUAAGUUCAGAAUUGAAUACUACCGAAAUCUUUAGAGAUGUGAAACUAAUACUCAAUAAAGUCAACGAAAUGAAGGCCCAGAGGGCUCAGUUUCAUGCGGACUUGAGGAUAGCCAUCAAUGAGGAUGAUAUAACUGGCAAAGUGAUUGCCCAUGGUGGGCAGGAGGGUCUCCAAGCUUUAUUCUCCACCGAACUGGCUAAGCACGACAAGAUCACCGAACUUCUGGACCAGAAUAUGGUGGCCCAGGCCAAUAUUCUGCAAGCUCUAACUGAAAACUAUGCCAAGGCAGCUCCAGUUUUAAAGACACUUCAGGACGUGAAGCAGAAACGUGAGCACUUCUACAGUUCUUUGGCGGCCUCUUACGACGUUUAUGAGGAUCUUUUGGCCAAAUCCGCCAAAGGCUUGGAAUUCUACAAGAAAUUGGCUGGGAAUGUGCAAAAGCUGCUUACCAGAUUUAGAUCUGCCAGGGAUGUUCAAUCCGAAGAGCGCCAGCAAAGGAUGCAGAGCGUCAAGGCGGCGACGCCUCCAGUGGUCAGCAAACCGACUCCGGAAGCAGCUCCAGCGCCAGCGGUUAGUAGCACUCCCAAGCUGAGGGAUUAUCUGAAGGCUAAGGCAGCAAUGGCGGAUGCCUCAAAUCCCACAACUUCUGGCUAUGUGCCCACAGUGCGUCCGGUGCCGGUGGGUUCGGAGAAUCCCACCCAGGCCACUUGUUCCUAUGCCACUGCACCGCCGAAUGAGCCACCUCCGCCGUACAGCCUUACUCAACAGCAGUAUUUCGACCCCAGUGCCGCAGGAUAUACGAAUCCCAUGUAUCAACAGCAGCAGCAGCACAUUGCUCCUCCGGCUUACAAGGCUCAAGCAUCUCCCAACUCGCAGACCCUGCACGGAGCAAUGGCUCAGAUGAAUCUGCAGAACCAGGCGCAGGAUAACAGCCAAGCGGGCUUGGGAUACAGCUACGGAUAUCCAAGUGGAGCAGUGCCUCCGCUGGCCUAUGCUGCACCUGGAACAGCUCCCGCAAGCUCAGCUUCCCAGGGAUUCAACGUCCAGCAACCGUUGUAUGUGGCCACUUCGGGUAAUCCCAAUCCGGUUGCAAAUCCCAGCGAGGUACCAGCCUCCUUGCAGGCACCGUUUGUCGUCAAUCAAAUGUCCAAUCCUUACCAAACAGCCGGAGGCUAUCCAGGACAGGCUUAUCAACAAACUCAACAGGCAGCUUAUCCACCGGCAGGUUCUGGUUACUCAGCAACUCCGCAGUCCUUGGGUUAUACUCCAAGUCAGCAGCAACAACCUGCGGCAUAUGCGCAGUCCCAAACAACACAGCAACAGGUGGCAGGCUAUCCGCAACAGCCAUCGACAGGAUAUUCCCAAUCGUUGACACCUCAGCAACCUGCAGGAUAUCCCCAGUCACAGACGCCGCAGCAACAGAUGACCGGCUAUCCCCAAUCUCAACAACCCACGGGAUUUACACAGUCGCAAACGCCUCAACAGCAGCAUACAGUUUAUCCACAGACACCGCAGCAACAGACAGGAGGAUAUACCCAAACCCAAACACCGCAGCAACAAGCAACAGGAUAUCCCCAAUCCCAAUCGCAGACACCACAGCAACAGCAAGGAGGAUAUCCCCAAUCCCAGAUACCGCAGCAACAGCCAGGGGGCUAUCCCCAAUCCCAAACACCGCAGCAACCACUGGCAUAUCAGCAGCAACCAUCGGCCUAUCCACAACAGCAGCAAUCUUCGGCAGUUGCUCCUCAGCAACCUUCUCUGUAUCCCUCGCAAGCUGUACAAGCAUCUCCUCAACCCAUUCCAGCCCAUCAGUCUGUGUCAUAUCCACAGCAAUACAGUGAUACCAAUGCAACUCUAGCUUCAGCUCCUGGCGUUUCUCCUGUUCCGAGUCCUGCUCCAACUCAGACUCCAGCACCCACUUCAUCUCAAGCUUCAGCUGUCACCUCUCCCAAUCCUGGAGCCACCUACAGCAGCUAUUCCAACCAUCCUGGCUACAGCUUCAAUCCCCAGACAGGUCAAUACGAGUACAGCAGUGGCUAUCAGCAGGAAAGCAGUGCCUUGAAGGGAUCCCAGGCAUCUCAGAACUACCAGUUCAGCCAGAGUGGCAAGCAGCAGUCGGUGGGAACCACAGAUUCGGAGAACGCCAAUCGCAGCAAUUCGGCAACGGGAUUCAAUUCACCUAUCGUGUCCCACACCAAGGCUAAUGUGCCAGCCAAGGAAUCCACUUCGGCGGAGGAGGGUAUGGAGUCGUCCAACUACUAUUCUGCUCCCUAUGGCUACCAUGGCAGUGUGACGCCCCAGCCGCACCAACAGCAGCCCACUCCCACGCCUCCAACGGGCUCCAUUUAUAUGCUGAGCGGAGCACAGAGCACAGCUCAGACGCAAACAACCACCAGUGGACCACCCUAUGCCUCCUCCAGCGCUACGGCCAAGGCUGAACCCAAAGCGGAGGUAGUGGCUCCCAAAGUAACCAGCAAUGUGGAUCUGCUUAGUGACCUGGACAUCGACUGCUCUGUGGCUGUGCCGCCGCCCAUGUUGCCGCAACCCGUGCUGCAGCCGCAGGUGGUGGCCACUCCCACGCCUCCGGGAAGUCAGGUGUCGGCUCCAGCUAAAGCCGAAAGUGUGGUAGAGCCCAUUGCGCCCAAAACGCCAGACAUUACCACAGCAGCCGUGGAAGAAGUAUCUUCAACUCCAGCUUCUAUACCAUUACCUCCAAAGUGCACCAGUCUGGACAAUCUCUCCAACUGCUCUGACCUAAGUUCCCUGGAGAACUUUGAUUGGGACUCGGUCUCGCUUACACAUUCCGCCAGUGAAAAUCAGCAAAAGGCACCUGCCGCCAAUGGCCAUUCGAACAAUUUUGCAUUCCAAGCCGAAACCUUUACCGAUGAAAAGACCACCAAAUAUUUCCAAAAGGAGGUGGAGAGCUACGAAAAAUUGCUGGAGAAUCUUCAUGUGAAAAUGCUGAAUGGGAAGACCCAACUGGGGGCCAAGUGGCAGGAGUUGCAGCAGAAACUGGACAAAGACGCGAGUGCCAACAAGAGAUCCACCACCAUUGCGAAAUUGUUCCCGGAGAAGAAUCGAUCGCUCGAUUGCCUGCCCUUCGAUCAUGCUAGAGUGAAACUGGACAAGCAGACAGAUGACUAUAUCAAUGCAGCCUACAUGAAGAACUUGAGUGCCGGCUGUCCCAAUUUCAUCGUUGCCCAGACUCCGCAGGCGAAUACCAUCAACGAUUUUUGGUCCAUGAUCUGGUCAGAAAAGUCACGCACUGUGGUUUGUCUGCAUACCACAAACGAGCUUUUUGAUCCCUACUGGCCUCAGAUAUUGGAUCAGACCACUCACUACGAUGAUUACACCGUGACCUGUGUGAAACUGCAGCAACUUAGCCACUGCUCCGAGUACCAACUCAAAUUAUCCAUGCAUGGAGCAGAUGCCGUGCUGGAUUUAUCUCUUCUGCAGCUAAAACAGUGGACUAAGGGUGCACCUGCUCAACUUUUGGGAGUGGCUCAAAAUGCGCUGGAGACCCAUCGACAGCGAUGCCAGGCGGCUAAUGCUCCUAAUUCUCCGCUCAUUAUGAACUGUUUAACGGGCUCCGAGCGUUCCGAACUGGUGGCCAUUGGUGUGUGUGCCAUAAUAGCCACUCAGAACAAGCAGCCCAUUCUGCUAAAUACGGUUGAUGUUUGGUCGCGCAUUUGUGCACAGCGUCAAAAUUCCCUGAGAGAUUCAGCCAUCCUGGAACAGUCCAUGCAAAUCGUGCUUUGCAAUGCUCACAAUGUCCUUAACAAGCGUGGCAUAAUGACCUCAUAUCAAAUGAAGAUGGCUCCGCAGGUGACUGCCAAGGAGCAGCAGGAGACCAAGGAUCCGCUCAACGAAUUGGAUGCACUUUGGAAGCUGAAAUAAACGACUGAACCAACCAAUCGCGGCAGAGAACUAAAGAUAUAUUUCUAAUCAAACACGAGUAUUUAUACAACUAUUUAAUUGUGCAAACCUAUUUUCAACGAUCUGACAUUGUUGCAAACAAUUUAAGGCAAGAGAAAAGUAUUUAAAGGGAUAUCAAAAUCAUUUUUUUAUCUAUAUCAUAAUCUACUCUUUCAACUGUUAUAUAAAGUGUAUUUCGAAGCGAA